CUUUCUAUUUUGACCGCAGGUAGUGUUUGCACUAUCAUGCUGUGGACAGGGUUUCUCGUGCUCGCGGUACUUGCGUCGUCCGUGUCCGGUCGCCAAGUGAGCCAGCGCCACCGCCUCGAUGAUUUCCGCGGCAUGCAGCACCACAUCCAGUACCAUCCCGAAGUGCCGGCAGGCGAAGGCGUGGCGUCGUCCGUCACCGAGCACAACUACACGCAAGCUGUGGUCGACCACUACGCCCCCGUGUCGGCAACCAAGUUCUGGAACCAGCGGUACUUUGUCAACGACGAGUUCUGGGCGGGCGAAGGAUUCCCAGUGUUCCUGUACAUUGGCGGCGAAGGGCCGCUCACGGCGAGUGCAUUGUCGAAAAAUAACUUUAUCCACGAACUUGCUCAGCACCACCGCGCGCUUCUCGUGGGGGUAGAGCAUCGUUUCUACGGCACGUCGUACCCCACGCCUAACAUGAGCACGGACAACCUUCAGUACCUCUCGAGCCAGCAAGCAUUGUUUGACCUAGCGCGCAUCCAUUCGUACCUGACUGGUGUAUACGGCCUGCACCGCAGUCCGUGGGUAGCGUUUGGAGGGAGCUACCCCGGCGCGCUCGCUGCUUGGUUCAAGCUCAAGUUCCCGCACUUGGUUCGCGGCAGCGUCGCGAGCUCGGCCCCUCUCUUGGCCAAGGAAAACUUUCAAGAGUACAUGGAGGUUGUGGGCGCGGGGCUGCGGUACUUUGGCGGCGGCGACUGCUACCGAUCGGUGGAGAAGGCCAUCGGCAGCUUCCACGCGCUGCUAGCGGACACAUCCGAGGCGUCCAAGGCCAAGCUAGACCGCCUAUUUAAGCCGUGCACACCUCGGCGCAACGACUUCGACGACUCGGUGUUUGAGUCGUCGGUGAUGACGUUGUUUCAGGAUGUGGCGCAAUACAACGAGGAAACCAGUGGCCAAACCUUGUCGGACGUGUGCCGCAUCUUCGCCAACAAGACGGCAGACCCCCUCACACAACUGCACACGUUUGUGACCACUCAAAGUAAAAAGGCGUGCUUGGACUCGAGUUUUCAAGGCACGGCCAACGGCACGGUCGAAGUGCUGCGAGACAUCACGUUUAACGGACACAGCAGCUCGCGCCAGUGGUUUUUCCAAACGUGCAACGAAUUCGGGUACUUUCAGACGACCACCAGUGCCAAGUCGCCGUUCUUUGCGCUCAAGUCGCAGACCCUUCAGAACGUCGGGCUUGAAGUGUGCAAGCGAGUGUUUGGUAUCAACGCGAGCCCAGAUAUUGCCAGAACCAACACGUUCUACGGUGCACUUGACAUUGCCGUGGACAACGUCGUGUUCCCUAGCGGCACUAUCGAUCCGUGGCAUGCGCUGGCCGUCCAGAACUCAACCCACCUCGCCACGUCGUCCUCCCAUGCGAUCUUCAUCGAGGGCACGGCGCACUGCGCAGACAUGCGCGCACGGAAUGCGACCAAGGACUCCGGGCAUUUGGUGUGGGCGCGCCAGCAAAUUGCCGCCGCUGUCGCAUCGUACGUGGGCGGAACUCCCAAUGUCGCCAACCAGUAACAAGAACGACGACAUGCCAAGCUCAUACGUAUCGUUCGUUGUGCAGAGAUUAAAGUAACGUGAAGUACUGUAAUCCCUACCGUUACGACUAUUAUUUCCAAAUACAGUAC